AUGGAAGCUUCAGUUUUUGCAGUUGAGAAAAUAAUUGGUUACACUUUUCAAAACAAAAAGCUUCUAGAACAUGCUCUAACACAUACUUCUUACCCAGAAGCCGUUUCAUACGAGCAUCUUGAAUACGUCGGGGAUGCUGUUUUAGGUCUCGCAAUCAGCAGCCACCUCUUCCUCACUUACUCCUCCGUUGAUUCUGAUACUCUCUCGCUCCUCCGUGCCGCUAAUGUUAGCACUGAGAAACUCGCUCGCGCUGCCGUUCGUCAUGGUUUACACAGUUAUGUACGUCACAAUAUGGUUUCUAUUGGUGAUGAGAUCAAAGCGUUUGUUGAUGCGAUUGGUUGUGAGAAUGAUUGUGCUGGAUCAGCGAAAGCUCCCAAGAUUCUUGCUGAUAUUAUGAAAUCUAUUGUUGCUGCUAUUUUUAUUGAUGUUAAUUUGGACCUUAAAAGAUUAUGGGUGAUAAUAAAAGGUCUUUUGGAGCCGAUGGUGACAUUGGAUGAUCUGGAACAAAAUCCACAAUCCGUGAAAAUGCUCUACGAGAUCUGCCAAAAGAAUGGGAAAAAAGUUGAUGGAGAGUUGGUUGCAUCUGCUUCCUCGGAUCAAAAGGACAUCACAAGGUUGGAAGCUGCCAAGGCUGCCUUGGAUAAACUACCAUGA